AUGAAAAAAUAUUUAUCCGAAGAAAAUAAACUAAAAAUAACAAUAAGAAAGGAUUAUUUUGAAAGAGAAAAUAUUAAAGCGAAAAUAUUAAGUAAUAUAAAUAGAUUAACCCAUUUAUGUUUAGAUGAAAAAACGGAACACCCAAAAAAUGAAACCCAAAAAAGAGUCCCCAGCAAUGAAAACUUGGAAAAUGAUCCAGGCUUUGAAAUAGAAAAACGACCUAAGGUGAAUGAAGAUGAAAAGACAGUUACUCGGAAUAAAAGGUUGCUACAAAGUUUUCUCUUUGACCAUCUAAAAAAAGCUAAGGAUGCUUUAGAAGAUGAAAAGAGUAAUAAAACUAUUAUAAUGCAACAGGCUCAAAAUAAAAGAGUAGAAGCAAAAUUGUUAGAAGAAAAAAAAAAAAUUGAAAAAAAUGAAAUAUUUGAUAUAGAAAAAAAAACAAUUGUACUUAUUGAUGAUAUUAAAAUAUUAGAAGAAAAUAUAAAAAAAAACGAAGGAAAAUUUAUGAAAAUGUCAUUAAUUAAUCAUUAUGAUAAAAUGAAAAAUUUUAUUAGUACUAAUACUUCUCCAACUAUUUUUUGGUGUCCAUUAAAAUUUAAUGAAAAAAUGAAAACAUUACAAAAAGGUACCCAUGAAUUUAUAAAUAAAAAAAUUCAGGAAAUCGAAUCAGCCAAUUAUGAGGUCGAGUUUGAGGAAGAAAACUGGGUCAAAGAAUUUGAUAACUUAAGGGAAAUCAUAAAAAGGAAAUCGAGUGAAAAUGAGGGGGAAAAUGGGAAGGAAAAUGAGGAAGAAAAUGAGGAAGAAAAUGAGGAAAAAAAUGAGGAAGACAACGAAGAAGAAAAUGAGGAAGAAAGCUGA